UAGAUCUCUAUAAAGUCUAUACCGGUAUAACCGGGUAUAUUAAUAAUCUUUUAGGCAAUAGUAAUAGGUAUAUUUUACUACUCAUAGACUUUCACUGUACAUUGAUACUAACAUAGAUAGUAGAUCUAUAUUCAAUAUUGUAUAACCCAUGUAUGAUGUAAAAAAGAUGGAGGAUCAUGUUUCAAGUAAUGCAGAUACAGAGGUUCCUAUUAAAACUGAAAAUGAUGCACCAUUUUAGUUUUACUGUAACUACUUUAUAUCCUAAAGAAAUUUCAGACAUUUCCUACAGUAGCUUGCUUCAGACUGAACUGAAAGAAGAAUGAAACUUCAGCAAGCAAUAUAACCAUGCAAAAAAAUGAUGAUUACAAUGAAGCUUUGUAUCUGAAAGACAAUGGCAAAAAUAUCUGCAGGAAUGUUGAUAGUAAGAAAUCUGUUCAUGACCUGGAUAUUGACAAAGUGUUCUACACACCCAAAAGGCAAGUUCUGGAGUCAAGGUUAAAGCCAGUUCCAAUGACCAUAGUGGCCAACCUACAUAACAAAAAGAAAAUAAAUAGAGCACCAAGUAGUUCUAAACGACCUUUAAUAACUUCAAAACAACAUGCAGUGGCUCCUAAAACACCUUUGAUAGCUCCUAAAGAACCCUUACUAUUUCAACAAUCCAAAGAGCUUCUACCAACAAAUAUUGAAAUAAACUCUUCUAUUAGUACUCUACAGACCAGUACACCAUUAAAUGAGCCAUUAGUAAAUUUUGGUAGAGCCCAGAACUUGAUGAUUGAAACACCGAUCAUUGUUGGAAAUCAAACUUUUCUAAUAAAGUUUAACCCACAAAUAUUGUUUACACCUACAGCAGUAACAUCUUAUUCAAUAAGCACAUCUGCACCCUCAAUAGCUAUAUCUAAUUCAAUUUCUACACCUACAACAGUGGUAUCAUCCCAUUCAAUAAGUAUAUUUUCUCCAAAAAUAGCAAAUACAUCAACAUAUUCUCUUGCUUCAGUUUGUACACCUACUUCUGCAAGCAAACCCACCAUUACAAGUAGGGCACAACAUGGCCAGAAUUGUGGAGAUGUGCCAAAAGCCCAAAUCCAAUCAAAUGCAAGAAAAUCUGCACGUGUAAGUAAAUCAAUAAAGAAUUCCAAUUUCUUAAAACCACAUAAAACAAAUAAUCCAACCUCAUAUGUGGAUGGUUGGAACAUUAGUACAGGUUAACCAACUUCUCAUCAAUGCUCUCCCAUCAUGAACUCUGUCCGACCUUUACUUCCACCACAGGAGACCUGCCAAUUUUCACCCAAACAAUUUUUAAGCAGACCAUCAUUUCCUCAGCAAACAUUCCUUGAAAUGAACCCAACAGAUCGAAAUGUAUCAAAUAUUUCUUAUCUAAAUUCACACUUAAACAAGGACAACUAAGGAAGAAGAAAAUAAGUGCAGUACAUCUUCAUAAAGUUACUCAUGUUGCUACAUCAUCAUCUGUUUGAUCUUCAAAUAAUACAUCUACUACAGCUAUAUGUAAAUAUUCAACACCUGUCUCAAAUACAAAAACUCUUGAUUCAACAACAUUGCGCAGUUCACACUCUUCUGUACGUAAUCAAUCAGAAAAGGAUUUAUCAAUGUUACUGUACAGUUUACGUUCUCCUGUAAAGCAGCCAUCUCACAAUAACCCACCAAUGUCAAUACUAUCAUCUCAAGCCAUUGGACAUUUGAACAUGAAUUCUGAAUUAAAGGGAUUAGAACAGUUAAAAUCAAAACGUCUCACAUUUCAAGGGGAUUUCAGUGUGCUCAAAAAAGUAUUAAUGCCAUGUGUAGUUAGGCUAGAGAAACUCAAUGAUUCUAGUCUUCUUCAAGAAUACUUGCUUAACAAAAGGACUGAAAAGUCUGUGAAGUUUAGCAAUAAGACUUCAAGUGCUCAGAUUUGUGAAAAGGUAAUUAAAAAUAUAUAAACAUAAGUCAUAUGAUGAUACCAAUAUGAAGGAAGAGUCCAGAUAUGACAAGUUGCUUUUAUUCUA